UUAUAAUUCAACAAAUUGUAACUUUUAGAACGCAAACAUUAUGAUUGGCGACACUGACCGAGUUGUCAAGGAAACCGCAGAUUUCAAAUGAUUUCAAAUCCUUCCUAAUGGCCACUAACGUUAAGGAGGACAAAGUUUUUCGCGUAAACAAUAGUUUAUGCCACUUUUCAAGAAAUGGAGCGUAUCUAGCGAUAGCAUUUCAAACGAAUCUGCUGAUAAAAGAUGCAAAGACUCUCGAUACCUAUCGGUCGUUUGUAUUCGUGGAUGUGAUACAGUAUAUGGAGUGGUCUUCAAAUAGCGAAUAUAUUCUUUGUGCAAAUAUAAAAAGAGCUAUCGUUCAGAUAUAUUCAAUACAUCAUCCUCAAUGGAAAUGUAAACUUACCGAGGGCAGUGCAGGUUUGCAAGGUGUUACCUGGUCCCCAGAUAGUAAACAUAUUUUUACCAUAGCAGAUUUUAAUAUUCAACUAUCUAUUUGGAACUUGGAAGAGCAGACGGUAUCGUACAUACAAAAUGUAAAAUCAUCUUCCUUUGACAAAUUACGUUUUAGUCCCAAUGGUGAGAGAUUAGCAGUGAUAGUUACAGAAGUAGAUCAAGAUACAGUAGAAAUUUAUAAAACUCAAAACUGGAAAAUAAGUCGAAAACUUAUCUGCGAUCGUUUGCGUGGCAUCAACGGGAUUCGCUGGUCGCCAAACGAUGAAUUAUUAUGCAUAUGGUGUUCCUCUCCUGCCGAACCAAAGUUGAUUAUUUAUUCUAACAUAUUAGAGAAACACGUGACAGCAUUUUCCCCGCUGAAAACGGCACAGCCAUCUGAAACGUGUAAUUAUGGGAAAGAGCUGAAAGGAAUUGAAAAUAUAGAAUGGAUCCCAAGUGGACAGUUGUUGGCUGUAAUAGGAUUUAAUGAAGUGAUUGUUCUUCUUAAUCACAUCACGUGGCAACCGUUGUCGAAAUUAUACAUGGAUCCAGUAAUCAGAGAAUGUAAUUACCUAACAAAAGUAUACAAAGAAUACGCCGAUUCGGAAAAAGUUUCUGAUAAACGUUUUGCAUCCUGCGAGGAACGUGUUUUACGUGAAAUACAUGAACGGCCUAUAUGCAUUGAAAUCGGAAAGAAAGACGAUAAUGACAAUUUCUCGAUAGCGAAAGUUAAACUGUUUGAAUUUAGCACAUGUGGACAAUACCUGGCUCUGAAACAUGAGCUUUAUCCUACCACAUUGUGGAUAUGGGACAUCUGUACGGAUUAUCUGGAUUAUUUGCUACUUGAAAAUCCCAUUACAGCUAUCAAAUGGAGUCCCGUUCAUCCUCGACUAUUUGUGAUCUCCGAAUGUACGCGCGUGUACGAAUGGACUCGAAAAGGCGCAAGUUCUGUACCAUUGUCUAAAAAUAUGUCGAUUAUAGACGCAUAUUGGCACCCUUCGGGAGAAAAAGUUGCAUUGUGCGGCUAUAAUAAAGUCAUGAUUUAUGAAACGAUAAAUACAUCUUAAAAAAAAAUA